ACAGAUUACCAGCUCCCACAAACUCCCAGACAUUUUUCGUCAGCAGCGGAUGUUUUGGAUGAACUGUAAGGGAACCUUAGGGGAGGAAACAAAAGCUCACAUUUUCCUGUGGAUGAACCAAAAGUCAGUUGCCAUAACAGACUACUCCUCCGAAGAGAAAGGAAGUCAUAAAGCUGUUGGAACUGGAAGCAUUAUGGCUGCCUCUGAACUCACAGUGACCCCCAACCAAGGACUCAGUGACGAAUAUGAUUACACUCACUACUACCAAUAUGGUGACGAACUUCAUGAGAACUACGGAUUGUGUGACAAGGCACACGUGAAGACGUUUGCAAGGAUCUUUCUGCCCAUUUUUUACGUGUUUGUGUGCACGCUUGACAUUGUGGGAAAUACACUUCUGGUUGCUGUUCUGAUCAAAUACAUUAAGCUAAGAAGCACAACGUCAAUAUAUCUUCUCAACAUGGCCUUCUCGGACAUCCUGUUUGCAGUGACUCUCCCAUUUUGGGCAGUCUACGUCCAUUCUGGGUGGAUCUUUGGUGACGCCGGCUGCAAGCUCCAGAUCUGAACUUUGUGGAGGCCCAGGAGUUUUAUGGGGAGAAGAUCUGCACUCACAAUUUUG